GCCGCCGCGAGCAAUGGUUCGCAGGGCCCGGCGCUGGGCGCGCGGCCCCGGGCGGAGGCGCGGGGCCGGGGCGGGACCCCACGGGGUCGCCAGGCUUGCGGCUAGCAGCCGAGUAUAGUCGUAGGAGACGCGGGGCGCGCGUGGGCCGGGGUGAGCAUGAGGACUCUCCGCAGGUUGAAGUUCAUGAGUUCGCCCAGCCUCAGUGACCUGGGCAAGAGGGAGCCGGGCGCGGCGGGCGCGGACGAGCGGGGCACGCAGCAGCGCCGGGCCUGCGCCAACGCCACCUGGAACAGCAUCCAUAACGGCGUGAUCGCUGUCUUCCAGCGUAAGGGGCUGCCUGACCAGGAGCUCUUCAUCCUCAACGAGGGUGUCCGGCAGCUGCUGAAGACGGAGCUGGGGUCCUUCUUCACUGAGUACCUGCAGAACCAGCUGCUCACAAAGGGCAUGGUGAUCCUUCGUGACAAGAUCCGCUUCUACGAGGGACAGAAGCUGCUAGACUCGCUGGCGGAGACCUGGGAUUUUUUCUUCAGUGACGUGCUACCCACACUGCAGGCCAUCUUCUACCCCGUGCAGGGCAAGGAGCCGUCAGUGCGCCAGCUUGCCCUGCUGCAUUUCCGGAACACCAUCACCCUUAGCGUGAAGCUGGAGGACGCGCUGGCCCGCUCCCACGCUCGUGUCCCCCCUGCCAUCGCACAGAUGCUGCUGGUACUGCAGGGAGUCCAUGAGUCCAGGGGUGUGACCGAGGACUACCUGCGCCUGGAGACACUGAUCCAGAAGGUGGUGUCACCGUACCUGGGCACCUACGGCCUCUACUCCAGUGAAGGGUCCUGCACCCAUUCCUGCAUUCUUGAGAAACGGCUCCUGCGCCGCUCCCGCUCCGGGGACGUCCUAGCCAAGAACCCGGUGGUGCGGUCCAAAAGCUACAACACGCCCCUGCUCAAUCCCGUGGCUGAGCAUGAAGCGGAGGGCACAGCGGCCGGUGGUACAAGCAUCCGCAGGCACUCGGUCUCCGAGAUGACAUCUUGUCCAGAGCCCCAGGGCUUUGUGGACACACCUGGUCAGGGCCCCUCGGGGACCUUCAGGUCCUCUCCGACGCCCCACUCAGGGCCUUGCCCCAGCAGACUAUACCCCCCUGCCCGUUCUCCCGAGCAGGGCCCAGCCCACGGCUCCCCACCCACCUCCAGCCCUGAGACCCUGGUGGACCAGAUCCUGGAGUCGGUGGACUCAGACUCCGAGGGAAUAUUCAUUGACUUUGGGCGGGGUAGUCGCUCCAGUGUGUCCGACUUUGAUGCAACCGGAAGCCGACCGAGUGUUGUGUGAUGACCUGAGGUCUGAUUGGGACGUCCCGUUGGCACCACCCAGAUACUCAGCCACCUCGAGGAUGUGGUCACCAUGUGCCCUCCUGCCUGCCCCACCCUUGGUGCCCACACCUACCCAGGAAAAUGUGAAGCCAGUGGGUUCUGCCUAUGCCAGCCCAGCUUGGCCCCCACAGUGACGGGACUCACGCCACAGCCAGCCAGACCUGCCUCCCUCUGCCCUGGGUGGCCACGAAACAGGAAGGCAUGAAAUAAAGUUACAGCUCCAGGC